GGAACUUUGAGUAGCUGACUGUCCUGGCACCACGGACAUGUUUAGGUGUAACGCACAACAUUCAAGUUGUUUCUGUACGGCGUGUUUAUGGCAAAUUGAAAUUUACUCGGUGAUUUAAACCAUUUGUAUGUGUGUUGUAGAAAGCAAAUACUCUUGACAUUCUUCUAGCUGCUUCUGAAUCAUGAGUGGCUCAAAGUCAGACAUCCUGUGGUCUCCCCACCACCCGGACCGCUAUGUCAUCUGUGACUCGGAGUUAGGGCUGUACCGUAUUGGACCUGUUGGCAGCUCAGAAGCCAAGGCUGGUACUCUCCCACUCUCUGAAGAAACUGCUGCUACUUUACUAGCCAUUAACUCUGACACCCCUUACAUGAAAUGUGUUGCCUGGUACCCAAAGCAUGAGCCUGAGUGUUUGCUCGCUGUGGGCCAAGCUAAUGGCAGAGUGGUGCUAACCAGCCUGGGCCAGAGCAACAGUUCCACAUGUAAAGAGCUGGUGGGGAAAGAUUUGGUGCCCAAACAUGCCCGCCAGUGCAACACUUUAGCCUGGAACCCCGUGGACAGCAACUUGCUGGCUGCUGGGCUAGACAAACACAGAGCAGACUUCUCUGUCCUUAUAUGGGACAUCAGUAGUAAGUUUUCUCCGGAGGCCAGUAUAGCAGCUGAGAAGAUUCGUCUCUCAUCUGUGGAUUUGGACUCGAGCACAGUAGUGACCAAACCAUUGUAUGAAUUAGGCCAGAAUGAUGCUUGUCUGUCCCUCUGCUGGCUGCUUCGUGACCCAAAGCUACUAUUGGCUGGCAUGCACCGGAACCUUGCAAUAUUUGACCUGAGAAACACAAGUCAGAAAACAUUUGUCAACACCAAGGCCAUCCAGGGGGUGACAGUCGAUCCGCACUUCCAUGACCGUGUGGCAUCCUUUUUUGAGGGACAGGUGGCCAUCUGGGAUCUGAGGAAGUUUGAGAAGCCUGUGCUAACACUCACCGAACAACCAAAACCACUCACUAAGGUGGCUUGGUGUCCAACUCGUACCGGCCUGCUGGCCACACUGACACGCGACAGCAACAUCAUCCGUCUGUAUGACAUGCAACACACUCCUACACCCAUCGGCGAUGAGAUGGAGCCCACCAUCAUUGAGCGCAGCGUGCAGCCUUGUGAAAGCCAGAUCGGCAGCUUUGCUUGGCAUCCAUCCUCUCAGAACCGCAUGGUGGUGGUGUCAGCAGCCAACCGGGUCAUGGCCGACUUCACUGUGUUUGAACGCAUCUCACUGGCUUGGAGCUCCACCACUUCGCUCAUGUGGGCCUGUGGCAGACACCUUUACAACUGUGUUGAGGAUGGGGCUGAAGGAGUGGAAAGCAUGAUUGACAAAGACAUUGCCACAAAGAUGAGACAGAGGGCUCAAUCCAGGUAUGGGCAUGAUACCAUCCAGGUAUGGAGGAACCAUAUCCUGGCCGGAGGGAACGAUCCGCAGCUCAAAUCCUUGUGGUAUGAUUUGUUCUAUAUGAAGCAAUGUGCAGAGGAUAUGGAGCUGAAACUGCAGGGGAACAAGCAGUCUGUGGUCUACUCUGGUAUCAAGAAUAUUGUCAAGACCAGUUCAGGCACAACAGAGAGCCGCAGGUGUUGGAGCGGCUCGGACCGUCAGACAGAUGUGACACGGUACUACAGUGAGGAGCGCUACCUUGCCCUGCGCCUCUGUGGCUGGAUCAGCCGGGGUCCCGACAUCGACAUGGAGACCUUCCUGCGAUCCCUGGAGCAGGAUCGUGAGUGGGAGCGGGCGGCCGCUGUUGCGCUGUUCAACCUGGACAUCCGCCGGGCCAUUCAGAUCCUUAACAGGGGAGCCACUGCUGUGAAGGGUGACCUGAAUCUGAAUGUGGUUGCCAUGGCUCUGUCAGGCUACACCGAUGAGAAGUCCUCCCUGUGGAGAGAGAUGUGCAGCUCUCUGAGGCUGCAGCUGAAGAAUCCCUACCUCUGUGUCAUGUUUGCCUUUCUCACCAGUGAGCCUGGAGCCUAUGAUGGCAUGCUGUAUGAGAGCAGUGUCGCUGUGCGAGACCGUGUUGCCUUUGCCUGUAUGUUUCUCAGUGAUGCACAGCUGCCUCGAUACAUUGACAAACUAACCAAUGAGAUGAAGGAGGCGGGCAACCUGGAGGGCAUCCUACUGACAGGGCUGACGAAAGACGGCGUAGAUCUAAUGGAGAGUUACGUGGAUCGAACUGGCGACGUCCAGACUGCCAGCUUCUGCAUGUUGAAGGGUUCCCCAGGGGAAGUGUUAAAGGACCCUCGAGUCCAAUGCUGGAUUGAAAACUACCGCAACCUGCUGGAUGCGUGGAGGUUCUGGCACAAACGGGCUGAGUUUGACAUCCACAGAGGCAAAAUGGACCCCAGCUCCAAACCACUGGCUCAGGUGUUUGUGAGCUGUAACUUCUGUGGGAAGUCCAUCUCCUACAGCUGCUCAGCGAUGCCUCACCAGGGCCGUGGCUUCAGCCAGUAUGGUGUCAGCGGCUCACCGACCAAGUCAAAAGUCACCAGUUGCCCUGGCUGCAGAAAACCCCUGCCACGCUGUGCCCUCUGCCUGAUGAACAUGGGCACACCUGUUUCCAAUUGCCCAGGAACAGGGAAAUCAGACGAGAAGGUGGACUUGACAAGGGAGAACAAACUAGCUCAGUUUAACAACUGGUUCACCUGGUGUCACAACUGCCGACACGGUGGCCACGCUGGCCACAUGCUCAGCUGGUUCAGAGACCACACUGAGUGCCCAGUGUCGGCUUGUACAUGUAAAUGCAUGCAGCUGGACACCACAGGGAACCUGGUGCCUUCAGACAGCAGCUAAACAGGAGGAGCCUGACACCUUCUGAAUCCAAACACCAGCCUGACACCAACCAGUGCAGGUUCACUGACAGCUGGACAAGGGACAAAGGAUGCCAGCAGUGUCCAUCUCUGAAGUUGCUGCUUGAAUAGAGUUAUGGCCUAGUGAAUGUAACUAUAUGAAGAAGGGGAUGUAGUGUGUGUUACCUAUCUGACUAACUGAGUCAAUGAUAGAAGGGGAGCAAAUGCAUACUUGCUGCUCUUCUAAUCAAAAUCUCAAUCAGGAAAAAUGCAAGAGGCUCUGUUGUAAUCAGCCUCCUUCAGUCUACCCUGAGCCAGGCUUAUGGUGUUACUGUGAUCUAUUAAAACAUUCAAAUGUCCACUAACACAUCAGGUUGUAAUGAUCUGGUCACAGGUGCCAAUAUGUCUGAGCUGUAUUUUGUGGCUUGUGUUUUAAUACGCUACUUAACAUCCGUGUUUAUCUUAAGAAAGAAUCUUUGCGUACCUCAUGAAAGCAUUGUUUGCCAUGAGGGAUGGUACCUUGGGUGAUGGAGCAUAGUGUAGCACACAGUAACAACACUGUCUUGCUCUCUUCAUGUUCAUCUGUGCUGCUCUCCAUCUGGCAUUGUGCGGGAGGGCUUCCAGUGUAAGGGGUAGUUUUGGGGGGAAAGGACAAGGAAUUGGAGAAGGUAGGGGUGGUGGAGGAGGAGGCUUUAUUCACCAGCCCACUCCAGGCCUGUGGUCCAUGAAAAAGGCUCCCCAGAAAACAGCAGCUGCUCGGCACUCUGACAAGACCCUCCAGAUUGUUUCCCUCAUAAAGAACCUCAGCUGCCGGAACACUAUUGACUCAAAGAGAGGGCGAGAGAACAGACAGCCUGAGCCCAAACCCCCCCCCUUCCUACACAUACACAGACUUGCCCUCCCUUUCUUUUUCCCUCUCUCUGCUGCCCAAAUUGCACCCAAAUCUUUACAUACCACACAUCAAUCCAAGGAUGGGCGCCGUCUGCAGGGGGAUGGCUGUGUGUAAGCCACAUUGUAAAUAUCUCUGCCACCCUCCCCGCUCAGUCACUAACCCAGGGAGGCAUUGUAAGUGAGAGACACCCUGCACCAGAGCUGGCUAAAUUACUUAGUCAUGGAGUAGGGAGGAGGAGGUGAGGAGGAGCUGGGGUGGCACAGGAGCUACUGUAUGCUGCUUUUAUCAGGGUCUUUCCCGGUGUGGGAGGUUUUAUAGGCCUGCAUGGCCUUUUGUGAACCGUAUUGGAGUGGAGCUGACAAAUUGGCAAGCCGUGUAGCAUCCCAAAAAACAGAGUGGCUGGAAUUUCAUCCUUUAAGUGUUUCUUGUAUUUGCCUUUUAAAUAAAUUGUGACUGACAAAUUGGA